AUGCGAAGUCCGAGGACAAUCAAAAAAGUACAACAGCUAACCGGCCAACUCGCGGCACUAGCAAGGUUCCUACCUUGUAUAGCGCAACGAUCACGUCACUUCUUCAAAAAACUGAGAAAACAGGAACAAUUCCACUGGUCCGAAGAAUGUGAAACAGCAUUCACAGAGCUCAAAACCCUACUCACAACUCCUCCGAUCCUCCGAACACCAGAAACAGGUAAACCGUUAUAUUUGUAUUUAUCAAUCACUAACCAUGCUAUCAGUUCAGUACUAGUGACAAAAACAGACAAACAACAACACCCGGUAUACUUCGUCAUCAAAACACUUCAAGGUGCCGAGGCCCGCUACUCAAAGUUGGAGAAAUUAGCCUUCGCUCUCGUCGUAACAGCCAGACGGCUACGACACUACUUUCAAAGCCACACCAUUAUAAUCAGGACAGAACAACCCUUAAGGCAGGUACUGGCAAAGCCCGAGCUGGCAGGUCGAUUAAUCAAAUGGUCCAUUGAAUUAUCAGAAUACGACAUCCAAUACCAAUCCAGAGGCGCCAUCAAAUCACAAACGUUAGCCGACUUUGUCGCCGAACUGAUGCAAGAAGACCGAGCUCCUACAGAAGACCCAUGGACGCUAUACGUCGACGGAGCCUCAAACAGCAAAGGCUCCGGCGCAGGAAUACUUCUAGAAAAUGGCCAAGGAAUACAACUCGAACAAUCACUACAUUUUACUUUCCACGCAAGUAACAACCAGGCAGAAUAUGAAGCUUUUAUAGCAGGACUACGCCUCGCACAAACCAUGGGAAUAACACAAAUAAACGUCAAAUGCGACUCACUCUUAGUGGUGCAACAAGUAACAGGUAAGUUUCAGGUAAGAGAUCCCCUCCUUGAGAAAUACAAUGCAAUGGUUAACAACCUUAUCAGAAACUUCGAAAAAUUUAAUAUUCUUCAUAUACCAAGGGAACAAAAUGACAGAGCAGAUCUCCUCUCCAAAUUGGCAACAACAAGAAGACAAUACAACAACCCCAUGUUGUCACAACUAACUCUGGAUGAACCCAGCGUCACCCUAACAAUUGCAAGCAUUUCACAGGAAGACGACUGGAGAUCACCAAUAAUAAAUUACCUGAAAACAGGAACUGUGCCCGACAACAUUCAAGACGCAAAGAAAUUCAAAAGACAGACGAGCUUUUACACCAUCGUAGGGACCGAGCUAUACAAGAGAGGGUUCAUGAGACCCCUCCUACGAUGCUUAAGUACAGCCGAAGCAAACUUGGCCAUGGACGAGGUCCACGAAGGAGUCUGUGGCACCCACAUUGGCGGCCGAAGCUUAGCCGCCAAGAUUCUCUGA